AUGACGACUAGUUUGGCAGCAAUUAACGACAAACCUUCCGUGGCCGAAGUUGAGAUUGCGAAGCAUGAAGGAGCUCCUGUUCGUUCUACAGUGGCUCAUUAUGUACCGGCUACCGAGGAAGAACAGGCCUUAGACAGAAAAGUCAACUUGAAGUUUGACCUGUGCAUUAUUCUCUUCCUCUCUUUGGGAUUCAUUCUGUUGGGCAUUGACAAAACCAAUAUUGGAUACGUUGCGACAAGCACAUUUGUUAAAGACGCAAAUUUGAAGCCGAAUGACAUUCCAAACUCUUUGUCUUUGUUCUCUGCUACAUAUGUGCCUCUCCAGCCUAUAUCAAGCAUAAUAGGUCGCCGUGUGGGAGCAAAGUGGUGGAUUUCAGUUUUGAUGAUUGCCUGGGGAAGCAUAUGCAUCGCACACGUUGCAGUUAGGAGCUCCUCGACCUUUUACGCGCUUCGUUUACUCCUCGGAGUUGCAGAAGCAGGUUUCACACCAACAGCGUUUUAUUACAUGUCAACCUUCUACCCGAAAUUUUCUUUAGGUUUCCGCAUGGGUAUGUUCUCCGGCAUGUAUUCAGUGGCGGGUGCAUUCGCCGGUCUUCUCGCGUACGGCCUUCUUCACUCGGAGACAUCAACCCUACGAGGAUGGCAGAUGCUGUUUCUUGUGGAGGGUGUCAUGACGGUGGCUGUAGCUUUAAUUGCUCUUGCAAUACUGCCGAAAGAUAUCUCCAAAGCUUGGUUCCUGACCGAGAUGGAGAAAGGGCAUGCGCUACGUCGAAUGGAGAGAGAUCUCCAAAUGGGCUUUGAUUCCGCCAUCGGGGAUUGCAUUGACAGUGAUGGCGACUUAUACGCCGCUAAAGAUGAUCAGACAAUCACUGUGAGAGAUAUUAAGGACGUUUUCAUGGAUUGGAAGAAGCUACUGGUCAUUUCUUUCAAUAUUCUGAGUGUGCUGCCUGUCACGGCAUUUACCACGUUUCUACCUCUUGUUGUUCAAGGCAUGGGUUACCAAGGCGUCGAAGCCACGCUUAUGUCCGCUCCCCCAUUUGUUGUGGGGACAGUUGGCCUGAUGGCGAUUGUCUAUUCAUCAGACCAUUUCAAGGAGCGCAGCCUUCAUACUUGCUUUGGUAUGGCACUUGGUCUGAUUGGAUGUGUGGUUAUGGCAACUUCGUCAAAUCCACGACUAAGAUAUGGCUUUGCUCAUGUUUGUCUGUCUGGAGUAUUUGCCGGGGGCCCUCUGAUUGCGGUAUGGUUGGCAGGUAACACACCAGGAAAGGGAGCGAGGGCAAUUAUCCUCGGUCUAAAUGGCUGGUCGAACAUUGCCGGUGUGAUUGCUGGACAAUUAUUCAAGCACUCCUACGCGCCUUCGUAUCACUACCCGCUGACCAUAACAAUGAUCUUGGUUGGUGUCGGCAUACUCGGAUUCUGCGGCGUAAGAGGGCUCUAUAUGUUGGAAAAUCGACGUAGACGCAAGGAAAUCGCAGGUUGGGACGAAGCCCGAUUUGCGAUGGAAGCUUCAAGCACGGAAAGAAGGGGUGAUCAACGUCACAUGUGGAUCUACAGCUAUUAG